AUGGCGAACUACUACUCGCAAAAGCGUUCACCAAGAAUGAACUUUGACUACCCUCAAAGCUCCUUUGACCCCUCACGACGGGAACGAGCACUCAAAGAAUCGAAUCGCGAAGAACCUCAUCACUACCAUCGUGGCCUUGUUCCUGGUCAUAGAAGCCAUGAUAAGGACAAACAUCAUGGCCAUCGCCAUCGCAAUGACCAUCAUCACCGUCGCCACUAUCGUGAUGACUAUCACCAAGAUAACCACCGUCACCGCCACAUAGCCGAGGGUGCCAUUGUAGGGGUUGGGAUAGCAGAGAUGAUCCACAAACAUCGCAAAAAGGAAGGCGAAGAAGUGAGUCACGGUUUGGGACAUCUUGCCCGUGCUGUAGGUGCUGGCGCCCUGGGGGCUGUGGCCGUCAAUGAAGCCUCACGCAUGCGGCGUCAUGAUAAAUAG